ACUCAUCAAUUGUACAAUUUUUUGGAUAUUUCAUUUACGUUCAUAAAAUCAAUUACAGAUUCUUUAUUUUUAUGGUGAUUACGCUCGAUACUUUUACAUUACCUCCAAACUGAUAUUUUCAAAUACAAAUUAAGUACAUAUUCUGUACUGUAGUUCAUACUUGAUCCGUAAACAAAACAGAUAUAACCUCUUUGAUAUUUCAAAAAUUGUGUGCACUUUUGUGAAUUACAUGUUGUACUUGACAUUUUCAGUGUGUGAACGUCAGUUUCUAAUUAUUAUCAUUUAGCAUAAAUCAAGAUGGAAAACUUACCAGAAGAGAACAAUCUAUCCUUUUCGUUUACUUUUGAUAAUGUGGAUCUGGGUAGUGUUGACAGUGACGAUUCAUUGGAUUCAGAAACCACUGGAUUGCAAAUUGAUGUCUCAGAAGUUGAUCAUUUUGAUGAUAAUGAUAAAUUAAAGCGACAGGAAGUAGAUGAGACAUUCUUUAUAAAUGAAAUGGAAGAAGAAAUUGAAAGACAGUUGGAUGCUAAAGCAGCUAAAACGAAACUGACUGCUACUAAUGUUAAAAACAUUCUAAAACAUGUCAUUUCAAAUGAACAUGUUAUGGCAAUGGUUCAUAAAAAGUUAACAAAAGGAGAUAACGAUAUGGUUUUUGAACCAAAGCUUACUAGAGCAAAAGCUAAAGAGUUAGCAAUGAAUCAACCCGAUGUCCAGUGGCCAAUUACACCUAUGAAAAAUUCAACUACUUCAGAAGCUAAGAUAUUAAUAGAAAAAGAUUAUUCAGAAGAUUCAUCUGACGAGGAAUAUCAUCCUGAUCAAGAUCAACAAAGUGACGAUGAAAAAGAUAUUGAUGGCUCUACAGGAAAUGAUAUAGAUUCUAUGCCAUCAAUACCAGCAACAUGUGGAGAUUUAUCUUCGUGCCUGGAAAUUAAAGAUACAUCUGAAGUGCAAUAUGAUGCAGGAGUCUUUAAAGUACCACAAAAUACUCUACAUAUACCAACUGACAAAGAAAGUAUAGUGCAUAGAACUCGUUCAAAACUUUCAUUGAAAGAAACACCUGUAGAGCAAAUAGAGCAAGCUUUCAUUCCUCCAGAUAUUACAACUGAUAUGUAUGAUUGGAAUGAACCAGGUGAUGAAUAUAUAGAUUUCUUAAAGGAAUUAUAUACACAGCCUCUUCCAAAAGAGAUUACUAUUGAGGAUGAUCCUGAAGCAGAUCCCGAGUAUAAUAUAUUAGAGGAUGAAGACACAGAAUUAUUGGAUAAAGAAGAAUUAAGAGAAGACAGAGCAGUUAAAAUUUCAAAGAAAGAACUGAAAACUCUCAUGGCCGAACUUGAUGAAUUUGCUGAUCAAUAUAGUCGACAACAAGAACAACAACAUGAACAACAACAGCAACAAUUACAGCAACAACAAAUUCAAUCUCAAUUACAACUGUCAAUACAACAAUCACCAGAAUUACAAAAACAAAAGAAAAGAAAAACUCCCGACAAUUCAUUUGAAUUAGUAGUGCAGGAUCCACCACGAACAAACACUAUGAUUGAACUGAUACCAGUGUUAGCAGAACCAGAAUUACCAAAACUUGUUAAUCCUAAUCAAUUAUACCUAUUAUCUAUUCAACUUUCUCAGCAUGUUCAAUUGUUGACUCAGCAAUUUCUUAUGACUUAUAAGCAUCCUAAAUUACAUACUGUGGCGACUGAAAGCAGAAGUUACUUGAAUUCUUUGAAACAUUUGGCUUGGGGUGAAAGUUCCGAAUUCAAUGCUCAAAAUUUGGCCGAUUCUUUGGCAUUAGUCUCAGAUUGGGAAUCAAGAUUAAGUGAUCCAGAUUUUUCUGAGGAAUAUAGUCAUUUUAUAACUUAUCAAGUAGAAAUGGAGAAGACAUAUUCCAAAGCUAGAAAAAAAUACAAACCUGUUUUUCAUGUGGAGUUAGUCAAAAUAAUGGCUAAUAGCAAAGCGUUAAUGCAUCCCCAAUUACUGCCAGACGUAUUCCCUAACAGUUUCUACACUAAGAAAGAAAAUCUUAUUACAAAGUUCGACAGAAAAAAAAUUAACUAUCCGUAUUUACCGGCUGAAGAACAUCUUAUAGCUCUGGGACUGGAACAAUUUUUACCGCACGUUCAAUUAAUAAAAAAGAAAUUCAAUAGAAACUGUCAUAAAACUGCUGAUGCAGUGAAAGAAAUAAAGAAAUAUUUAUUGCCUACCCGUGAUGUGAUGGGCAUAAUGCGUCAUAUAAAUAAACGUAGACUUUGUAAGGAACCUAAUCCUAUCAAGUAUUAUUAUACUCAUAGAUCAGCCCCAAGAACACAACAUUGUUUAUUAAGUGAAUAUAAUGCAAUAGCUCCAAGAGACCAACCAACUGAUUUUUUAUCUCCAGUUUGGCAAUUAUUUAUAAAAGAGUUGGAAAGUGAAAACAGUGAAGAAUUUACGGCAUUAAUGUAUUCUAGUAAAACACAAAGUAAAAAAGAUGACUUUUUUACAGUUUCUGUAGAUGACAUUUUAAAUCAGAGUGAGCCAGAAGUCAUCUCUCAUGAAUUGAGGAAUCCCAUUGUCAACAUGUUACACAUGCCUCCAUUGGUAACACCACAAAAAGAUGAUGCAGCUACUUCAUCUACGAGAUGUAGCUCUACAAAAAUAAAAACAAUUCAAUCAAAACCAAGUGAGGCUGAAUCUGAUGUGGAGUCGGCUGAAAGCGUAAAAACUUGUGAAACUGAUGAAGAAGAAUCAAGACCUACUCGUUUGAGAAUGACAACUCCACGAUUGGCCAAAAUUAAAAGUGCACAAAAUAUGAAAUUAUUAGCUCAAACAUUAUCUUCAAAGGGCUCAACUUCAAUCACUCAUUCUAAUGAAAAUAAAGAAGAUAGCCUUGAUAAGAACGACGACGAUGCUUCGUCAUUUACAAAAGGAGAUAACGAAGAUGAAAUUGCUGAACUGAUGUUAGCUAGUACUACAAUAAAAAAGAAUGCAACAAGUCGAAAGAAAACAAAACAAGCAAGAGAAUUAGAAAACUUGAAAAGAUUACUGGAAGCUGAAAACAAUAUAAAUGAAGAAGAAAGAGCGACGAAAUUUGCAACUUCUUUUCUACAAAAAAUUCAUCUCAAAUUGGAAUCAAAAGAUCCAGAGUUAUUCAAGACAGUAUUGAAAAUAUUUUUGGAUUACAGUGAAAAAAUAGAAAAUUCGCCUGAAACGAGUUCAGAUUAUUUACAAAAUAAAAGUCUUUCGUCCCAAAUCAUAGAAAAGAAUGACGAAUACAAAGACAAAAUUUCAGUUGAGCUUUAUCAAGAAGUCUGUGAUAAGUUGUAUGAAUAUCCAGAUUUAUGCUCUGAUUUUCUGUUAUUUUUAACGCCGAAUCAGGCAGCUUUAAUUGACAAAUCCGUGGAGCAUACAAUGAUGCUAAAAAUGAAAGAAUUCAUCAAUGUCACUCAAAUGUAUUUCGCAAAGCAACCAUCACGUAUAGCAAAAGUUAUGCAGGCAAUAACCCAAAUGGCUUCCGAUCCCUAUAUAACAGUGGAAAGUGCCCAGACUAUCAUGGGUACAGCAUUGAAGGGGCACCCUUUGAUCAUGGAUAUGUUUCAACAAGUUAUACCUACAGGAAAACCACCAGACACUUUGUUUGCUGCACAUAUGUUUGAAAAUUUAACAUGUCCUGUCGGUCCGCAUGACAAAAAUAAAACCUACGACGUAGAUGCUCCAGAAUUAUAUGAAAAUAUUGAACUACCAGUUUCUACACCCCAAGAAGAUCCUUAUGGAGGAGAUAGUUGUAAAUGUGAAUGCCACAGUAUCGUGGAUGAUACGAAAUUGAAAGGAAUAAACGAACACUGCGCUUCAUGUGGUACCCGGUUUUUGAAUGGGAGAAUAUAUUUGCAAACAUCAGAAGGUUUGAGGCCUGCUAAAAUAACGUUUCCUGGUGCCGAUGAUGAGAAGCUGGAAAACAUCUCACGGGUUUCACUAAAAACAAACGAAAAAAUAGUUCCUUGUCCACCAGAAAAAAAACGAAGAAAAUCUUCCAAACGUGAUUCUAUAUCAGAAGAAUCUGCUAUUAAAGGCUUUUCAACAAAAAUUUCACCUUUAAAAGAAAAUGAGGAUAGUGAUAGAUCGAAAUCGAGAAAAAGUACAAAAUCUCCAACUAAGUCUACAGAGACUAAAAAACUUUCGAAAGUACAGUCGAAUCCUGUUAAAAUUAAAAGAGAAAAGAAGACUGAUAAAAAAGUUAAAAGUGAUUUCAAGACUGAAGAUGAUCAAAAUGAAGACUGCGCGAAUAUAGAGCAAACGGAAUUUGAAGAAGGAAGUGCGAGCAACACAAACGAUGAUUAUUCAGAAGAUAUAUUUGGUAGUAAAUUAGGAGAAUUAAGUACUGAUAGCCACGAAGAUGAUACUUCGAUUAGCCCUGAAAAGGUUGAACAUUUUUCAACGGGCAUCCGAAAAAUAGAAGCUUCAAGUGACUCUGAUAAUAGCACGACUGUCGAUGCUGAAAAAACUUGUUCUGACUUACCAUGGACAAUGCAGGACGAUAAGGUAUUGUUGGAACAUGUUCAGAAAGACUAUUCCGAAAAAACUUUUUACACAGUCAGUUUAAUAUUGAAAAAUCGAAGCGUUGAACAGGUAAAAGAACGUUGCCAAUACCUACUGUCGUUAAUUGAAAAAAUGGUGUGAUUCGUUUUCUUUUCACACCCGCUUUGUAAAAAAUGGUUUAUAUAGUGUAUAUAAUUAAAUGAAAAAUGUAUAUUUUAAAAUUUAAGUUUUAAUUUAUUCAAUAAUAAUAGCUUAUAAACUUUAACGACGCUUAUUUCCGUAACGAGUUAGUCUUACAAUUAAAUUAUAGGAAAAUCCAAUUGUAUUUGUUCAUCACUGUAAUGAAAUAGUGUUAUGUACAUUUCGGAUGCACUUGAAUGUGAAUUAUUGUAACCCAGUCUUAUGGUAGGUUUACAUUGCAGGAAACGUUGUUUACAAUGUCAAAUCUAAUGUAAAUGUGCUAUUUUAGCUAUGGUCGUACAAUAAUAAUUCAUUGAUUU